AACAUGCAGUUGCAAGCAUAGAAAGACAUGAAAGAUUUCGAGUGAAGUAGAACGGUGUAAAUGAGAAUUUGUUUCUAGAUCAGGACAGUCUUAUAUUCGUAUUCGGUGGGAUAGAGCAUUCAUAUCAGCAAGGAUGGCAAAUUAAUGAGGAUUCGUCACGACUUUGCCGUGUUACAGUGAAGGAACAGAGCAGUCAAUCUCAAGCAUUCGUCAAAAGUAUGAAGAAUAGAGUGAACUACAUGGAAAAAGAGUGAACUAUAGAUCGUCGUUGCUGUCCGGUCUACCAAAUGGACAUAUGGAGAAAAAGGCUACAUGUGAACAAGAUGUGAUAUCUUCUUCGUGCCAGCAGUGAACUUAAUGUAAAGAGUACUCAAACGAUACAUGGAAUCAAGAAUUAACAAAGAGUCGGUUGUGCUUCCUAAUGGUGCACAUUGGACAGUGUUGUUGAUAAAAAAGCGAUGGAUGACAAGGAUUUGAAAAUCAGGAAAACUCUCUCUUACAAGGAUACUCAAUGUCUAUAUACUGCCGCAUGACUUCGAUUUGAGGUAGAAUUCUGCAUCUAAAGUACGUACGAAGCAACUUGUAUACUGUACUUGACUCUCGGUCAAGAGUGUGGUACCCCACCAUAUGCAACAACUAAACAAUCUACAAGAAACAAGAAAAACCCGGGUCCGUAUUCCUUCAGGAGUUGAAUUUAUUUCGGUUCCUUCCGAAAGAUGUCGACUCCUCAGCGCCGCCGCUCAACCAGUCACAUAGCAGACAAUAUUCACGGUCAUGGAAGACCUUCGUGGCUUUUUCCGGUACCGAAGCCCCGGAAACAGUAUACAAUCGUGAAACUCUUCUGCUGGUCAAAACAGGAAAAGAAACGAGCGCUGAUUGGUAGCGAUAUUGUGCCACUGUUGGAGGCGCAUGCGCAGUUAUAUCAGAAGGCUCACAACUGUCAAGAGGCAGGAUGUCAAACAAUCAAAAUAAACGUCGCAGGGCAAAUAUACGAAACGCAGCUGAAGACACUUCGAAGAUUUCCUACCACGCUGUUAGGUAGUGCGGCCAAAAGGGAGAAAUAUUGGGAUGUCGAAAGGCAGGAGUAUUUCUUUGAUCGACAUCGCCCAAGUUUCGACGCUAUUCUAAAUUUCUACCAAAAUGGCGGCAUAUUGCGUCGACCAAUGGAGGUCCAAGACGACAUUUUCCAAAAUGAGAUCAAGUUUUUCCAGCUAGGUGAGGAUGUUAUCAAACAGUAUAGACAAGACGAGGGAUAUCUAGAAGAGAUGAUUCCAGAAAUGCCUGAUGGGAGUUGUAUGCGAUUCUUUUGGCAGCUCUUCUCUGGUACUCACAGUUCCAUCCUUGCCCGUUGCAUUGGGCUGUGGUCGAUGUUUGUGACUGUUCUCUCUGUCGGUAUGGUUUGCGUGGAGACGCUUCCAAAAUACCACGCUAGGGGUUGCGAUGAAAGCGUGGUUUCGGACUCUGCGAUGGUAGGAGAACUGGCUACACUUUUCCUAAUCGAAACCAUGUGCGUCCUUUGGUUCUGUAUUGAGUUAGGAAUACGAUUAUGUACAGAUCCAGACAAGAAAAAUUUCUUCAAAAAACUCAUCAAUAUCACUGACGCCGUCACAAUCUUUCCUUACCCAGGGACGGUUAUUGAAUGGCACCACUACAGACUGUGCCUGGCCAAGAAUAUCACACAAUACAUGUUCUUAUUCAGGAUCCUUAAAUUCAUUCGGGUUGUCAGAGUAUUCAAGCUCUGCAGGCACAUCCAAGGCCUUCGCAUUCUUCUGAUGACCAUCAAGAAAAGUACCGCGGAACUCUCCUUAUACGUAUGUUUCGUGAUAGCCAUGGUGGUCAUGUUCGCUUCCGGAAUUUACUUUGCGGAGAUAUCAAACCACGGGCCAAAGUUUACGAGUAUUCCUGAGGCAUUUUGGUGGGCAGUGGUCUCACUGACUACAGUAGGCUAUGGGGACUAUGUUCCACAAAGCACCUCAGGGAAGCUCGUGGGAACCAUGUGCAUUACCACUGGUAUAUUGGUCGUUGCUUUACCUGUACCGGUCUUGGUGGCAAACUUCACAAAACACUACAGGCAUCAAACAGGAAAACUGCUUAUGUGACACUUUUUUUGCACUGUGAUAACAAUGAUCAAAGCGUCAAACCUGCGCUCUAUGAAGAAGAACUAAUUUGCAUUAAUUUAUCCAACCCCUUGACCUAAUUUGAUCUGCACAAUCUGACCUGACCUUUCAAAAUUCAAGGCACUACGUCACAAUGUUUACGCCCAGAAGAUCCUAUUUGACCGCGAGGCAAAGAAGAAUAGAAACAAAACUUCAAAGAACUCCAAACAGUAGCUCGCGCUCCAGAGCCCAAAAUGAUGCGGACAAACCAUUUACGAAUGGACAUUAGACCUAUUCUCUGUGAGCUGCAUGAUAUGAAGCUUUACUGCCGAAAUAGGUAAAAAUCAGUUCUAAAACUUUUCAGGUAUGAUUUCUAUUCUGCAAAAUGUGGGUAAAAUGAGGUAUAAUGUUCGUGGCACGUAGAGGACAAGAUCGAGAGAACUUAGACAGACUGAGGGGAUGAUAGAGCACCGCGUACCUUAUCAUCACGCGACAGAACUGGCAUUCCAUUAAAAACACGCUGAUGAGUAUACGCGAUAAGCAUUGUAUAUUUAUGU